AUGCGACUCCUGCCCACUCUUCGACAGGCCUGCACGCGCCCUGCGGAUCACAAGGAACCCUCUGUGUCGGUGGUGCCGUCCCUCCCUGACUGCGGUGACCGGCCCGCCUCUGCCUCCGCCGGAACCUCUUCCCGACAUGAGCACCGCAACUCCUUGCCUGCCAGCGAGCGGCGGAUUGACGUCCUCCUGCCCAACCUGCGGCAGAGUGCACUUGUCCGUCCACAGUAUGAGGGCACAUGCCGGACGUGCUCAGUCUGGCGUUAUAAUAGUUUGCGAGGGCCUCCCAUGCGGAUGCCACAAUGGCGCCACCGUCUUCUUAACAGGUGCCUUGCGCGCAGGUCGCCACCGAAGUUGCCAAGCAUGCUAGCAGGCAAGACACGCAGGAAGCACAAACGCGGGUACUCGAGAUAG